AUGGUAAACGAAGAAGGAACGGUGGUUAGUAUACCUGAAAUUGGCGCAAAUGACGAUAGUGGAAGAGGAAAGGGUGAAAGAGGAGGGAAAGAGAUUGAGUUGGAUAAUUUGGCUCAGAUGACAUACCUUUUUGUGGGUCCCGGAAAUUGUUUUUCCCUCCAAAACUUAUUGAAGAUAAAAAUUGUCCGAUGUGAAAAAUUGGAAAUGAUAUUCUCAACAUGUGUUUUAAAAUGUCUAGCACAGUUGCUUCAUCUAAUAAUAGAUGAAUGUGAAAACUUGAAGUAUAUCAUUGAAGAUGAUGAUGUGGAGAAUAAAGAAACAUCAAAUUAUCAUAUGUCUCCAAUUAGGACAUGCUUUCCAAAACUGAAAACACUUGUUGUCAGGAAGUGUAACAAGUUGAACUAUGUAUUUCCAGCCUCCAUUUGUACAGAGCUUCCUGAGCUACUGUUUCUCAUGAUACAAGAAACAUGUAAGCUACAGAAAAUAUUUGGAGGAAGUGAAGAAAUUGAUCUAAAAGUUGGGAUUCCAAAUCUACGUUAUGAAUUGGUAAGAUAUAUUUGGAUAGUGAGUCUACAAAUAGUAAAAGAACAUUCUAAAACCAAAGGUACAAGUGGCGGAAAUAAAAUUGGCACCGAGAUUCAAUCAUCAACAUCUAGAAAUGAAAUUGAUUCAACUAUUGAAGAGGAUUCUACUUCAGAGGAUUCUACUUCACCUAUGCAAUUAGUUGCUGAUCUUAAACAAAAGGAUACCAAGUUAAGUUUUGAAGAUGUUGAUCUUAAAGAAAAAACUCAGACUAAUAAUAAAGUGGACCCUUCUAAAGAAGAGUCCGAAUCAACAUCAAGACACAAGUUGACUUCUUCACAGGAGUUGAUGAAUCCACAACGGUCAGUUGCAGAAAUCGAUACUGCCUUCAAACCUUCUCAGGAAAAUAAUUUGGAGGGUUCUACAUCAGGAAAAACAGCCGCAGAACCUUCUUUGUCCACCAUUUUUGAAACAAAGAAUGAACCACCUAUACAAUCAGACGUUGCUCCUAAACAAAAGGGUAUAAAGUUAAGUUCUGAAGAUGGAAUUACAUCAGCUAAUGCCAAGACAAUAACAUCGUCAACUCAUUCAAAAUCAGCUAAUUCGUUAGGUCCAACGGCUACAUCUUCACUUGAAUAUGGUGAUGGCCAAAUAGUUGUAGCUUCUCCUCCAAUUUCCUUGACAAAGACUCUUAAUGAUGAUCAAGGGGACCCUUCUCAAAUAGAUGAAAAGGAAGAUGGUGAUGACCAAAUAGCCACAGCUUUUUUCAUUGCCACUACAGAGACCAAUAAUCAAGUUUCUCGGAAUGAUGAUGCUUUGAAGAAAGUAAACUCAAAUAUCAAGGACCAGUUUCCUAAGAAUAAUGAAGAAACAAUUUCCAAAUCUCCUGUUCCAUCUCAAUUUCCCUUGGUUCCUUCUAAAGGAGACCCUUCUCAAAAAGUAGAAGAAUUAAGUUCUUCUUUGCUUGUGAUGAGGGAGCUUGAGCAACUGGUCACCAAGAAGCAUUUGGAUGAUGAGAACUUGUGUUUGUUGAAUGAUUUCCUUGUAAAUCAUCCUUCAGUUCUUUUAAGGGACACUUCACUUAGUAAUAAAUACAAGGGCUAUGCUUACAACUGCCUUGCUGAGCUAUUGAAAUUCCUCAAAACUCAUAGCGUGUUGGAAGUAUUGGGCUCAUGCAAAACUGAAUUUGUGGAAUUAUUACAAGAUGCACGCAGCUUUGCUUUUGAUAAAGAUUGGUUUGAUGGUAUCGAGAGGCGCACUUUGUUUCCUGAUUUACAAGUCUCUCAAGAUGUACUAAAAAAUCUAUCAGUUUCUAAGCAACAAGUUACAAAGGAUGUUGAAGUACUGCGUUUGAAGAUAGAGGAUCUUAAACAUCAACUAACAUCCUCUGAAGCUGUUUUGGAGAAUAUCAUUCAACAAGAGGCAGCUUUAAGCGCCCCUAUUGGAUACUAG